GCCUCCGUCGUUUGCUAGCGCUCACUCCUGGCUUUUAUCGGUCGUUUUAGCCGUGUCGGAUUAUUUGUCUGGCUACACUGGGCCAAUUGAAGGAUUUCCGCCUUUUUCUGCUACGGGCGAAAUCGACGAUAUGAUAGCAGUCGCCGCUGCUAUGCAUGCGUGACUCGGCUGCGCUAGUAGUCUAGAAAAGUUCGUUUUUAACUUGAACUCAAGUGCAUAAUCGCAGUUGUUUGCUCCAAAUUUGAGCGAGAUGGCGGCACCUAAAAUGAUUGACGGCGCCCGUGUGCUGGUCGAAGCACUACGAAAACAGGGUGUGGAAUACAUGUUUGGCGUGGUGGGUGUUCCCGUGUUUGAGGUGGCCCUGGCAGCGCAGCAGGCCGGCAUCAAGUUCAUCGGCAUGCGCAACGAACAAGCGGCUAGCUAUGCUGCGGGAGCCAUGGGAUACCUUACUCGCAGGCCCGGCGUCUGUGUCGUGGUGUCUGGUCCAGGCGUCAUCCAUGCCUUAGCAGGCCUUGCCAAUGCUCAGGUCAACGGAUGGCCUAUGUUACUGGUGGGAGGUGCGUGCGACCAGGACGUCGAGGGCUUGGGGGCCUUCCAGGAAUGUCUGCAGGUGGAGGCCUGCAGAAGCUACACCAAGUAUGCCUGCCGUCCCAGCUCAAUCCAGCUCAUCCCAAUGCACAUUGAGAAGGCGGUUCGAGCGAGCCUGUACGGCCGUCCCGGUGCCGCAUACUUGGACCUUCCCGGCAACAUGAUCUUGGGCGAGGUGGCGUCGGAGGCGUUGACGGACCCCCCUUGCUGUCCCGAUCCCCCGAGAGUCCUGGCUGAACCGCCGACCGUGGCCCAAGCCCUGAACCUUCUCAGGGAAGCCAAGAGGCCACUGGUCAUCGUGGGGAAAGGUGCCUCGUAUGCCCGCGCUGAGAAGAGUGUGCGCGAGUUCCUGGAGUCUACGGGGCUGCCGUACCUGCCGACACCCAUGGGGAAGGGGCUGCUGCCCGACGACCACCCCCAGUGCAUCUCUCCAGCCAGGUCAAAGGCCCUGCAGGAGGCAGACGUCAUUCUGCUGCUGGGUGCUCGACUAAACUGGAUGCUACACUUUGGACGGCCACCACGGUUCAGUGCCGGAGUCAAGAUCAUCCAGGUGGAGCUCCUGCAAGAAGAACUUCACAGCAGCAUUCCUUCAGCUGUGGCACUCUGUGGGGAUGUAGGUGCUGUUGCUGAACAGAUCUCACGGCUGGCGACAGAGAAUGCCAAGGACCCAUGGCGCUACCCUUCAGACACCCCCUGGUGGCAGGCUCUGAGGGACAAAGUGGAUGCCAAUGCUAAGGCCGUCCAGGUACUCUGUUCCUCAACCGAGGUCCCCAUGAACUUCCACGUAGCUUACAAGCAGAUAGCAGAGCUGAUGCCCAAGGACGCUGUGAUUGUGAACGAGGGCGCCAACACGAUGGACAUUGGACGCACCAUGCUGCCUAACUACCUCCCACGCCACAGGCUGGAUGCAGGUACCUACGGCACAAUGGGUGUGGGCAUGGGCUUUGCCCUGGCGGCUGCCCUCUGGUGCAAGGGCCAAUCGCCGACCAAGCGCGUAGUCUGCAUUCAGGGGGACAGCGCCUUCGGCUUCUCGGCCAUGGAGAUGGAGACCGCUGCCAGGUACAAGCUCCCUGUGAUUGUGAUAAUAAUGAACAACGCGGGUAUCUACAACGGCUUUGAAGAGGACACUUGGCAGACAUUCUACCAGUCGGGCGAGGACCUUGGGCUGGUUCUGCCGCCCAACUCGCUUCAGCCGUCCUGCCGCUACGACCGCAUCGUAUCCAUGUUUGGAGGCAAGGGCUUCCACGUGGAGACAGUGGCGGAGCUGCGGAAGGCAUUUACCGAAGCUUUGGCCACCCUGGACCAGCCGACCGUCAUCGACGUUCGCAUCAGCGGCAUGGCGCAGCGCAAGCCACAGGACUUUGACUGGCUCACCAAGUCCAAGAUGUAAUUGCGAUUCUCAGAAAGGUUCUAUUUUUGUAGACAGAUACUACGGGUCACAUUUAAUAAAAAAUGUGGUGGUACCUAUUUUUUUAUUACUUACACUGUUGUAGAGAUUGUAAAAUAAAAAAAAACUUUGAGAGUCUUGCCGAA